UCUGUGGUUGGGCAAAGAACUAAGAAGUGCCACAACACUGAUUACAAUGGUCACAUGAGUACUCAAGUUAGAGUUAUGAUUCAUAUGAACGAUGCAAUUCAUUAUUUAUAUCAUUUUAAGCUGAAGUGAUUUUUGUAUUACAGUGGUGAAAUCAUGCCCACUAGUACUACAUGUUCUCUGUUUGUCAUUGUAGCAGCACUUGGCUUACUUGGAAAAGUUGGUUGUGUAACGGUUAAAAUUAACAGUGAUACACAGUCAUUUGGUUCUGUUGUGAAAGGAUUCCAGUACAAAAACGUCAGCAUUGAAACAACAUUGUUUGAAAAGAACUUUAGCUGUUCUGGAUCAUUGACUGAACAAUGGUAUACUGGCACCAACUCAAACCAAGAGUUUAACCAGAAUACAAGAAUUCGCAUUUAUAUUGAUGGCGAAGAAGAACCAUCGAUAGAUUACAUGCUACUUAUGGCACAUGCAGUUCUUCCUGGGGCGACCAAUAACAAGCCAAGAUCCAAUAGAUUCUUUGGAAAAUUAGCUUCAGGUGGUGGCUAUUUCAAUACAUUUAGAAUACCAUUUAAUUCAAGUAUAAAGAUAACAAUGACCAAUGAUCAUAGCACAGGCACUGUUUGGUACAUUAUCAGGGGCAUUACUGGAGUCCCUCUCACUGUCGGGUCGUUUGAGCUGCCAAAAAAUACCAGACUUCGACUGUACAAACAAGAAACCACUGUUGCUCCACUGGAUUUUGUUACGAUGUUAGAUGCUAAAAACACGUCCGGAAUGUUGUUUCUCGUUACCGUCCACAUGGCCAGUCAAACUCUCCUGUUUCUUGAGGGAUGUGUUCGUGCAAAUAUUGACAAUUCAAAUGAGACGCUUUUUCUUUCCUCUGGCACCGAAGACUUCUUUCUGUCCGCCUUCUAUUUCAAUCAGCAUACAUAUGAUGGCUUUCAUUCAGGUCUUACGUACAUGCACGGCCCGGAUGAGCCUUUGAAAAGGAUUGUUGCGUACAAAUUUUUCGUGGAUGAUCCAGUUAUUUUCAAGAAUUCAAUUCGCUUAGUGUGGAGAAAUUUUGAAGAGGAAGGUGGUGAAAACGGCUGCCCAAAUGAAUUUCCAUCAAAUCUGAAAAAAGAAGGACGCCCCAUCCACUUUUCAGACGAAUUGCGACAGAUGUUCGGACAUCCUGCUGAUGCUUGGGUGGAGACGUAUGUAUGGCAGUACGAAUGGGAUAGUUAUGACGACUAAUAACUUUAAUUUUAAAUAGGGUGUUGGCCAUGGUAAAUGCUAACUCCUUCGUUCUAAAAAUACCCCAUUCAAAGCAAUAUUUAUGUUAAUUACCGAUUUCGAAUAAAUGUAUCAAUGGUUAGCUACGUUAACAAUUAGAAAUUCAACUCUACAUAUGAAAUUUACGUUAUGAAAGUUAACCAGAUACAAACGUUACUUUGUAUGACGUCAUAAUUUCUGUAUUGCUGCGUUGUAGGUGUUUUGUUUUUUGUAAAGCAUAUAGACAUGUAAUCUUUAGUCUUUACCUCAAGCCAAUUAUGAAUUUGGCUAUAGAAAAAUGUUCCUAUAUGUGCAUAGAAAUUACAUAGAAGACCUGAAGUAUUCACAAUAUCAUAUCUAGAACUAGCGAAGCCAGCUCACCGGUUUUAGCCUUGUUAUACAGAUUUCAAAUCAUUAUUAUUCAUUUCUUUAGACGUCUUUAGAUUGUUUCUAGAGUGAGUGAAUAUAGAAAAAUUCCUAUAUCAAGAGCAAAGCCGAGGGCUUGCUACGCUACUAUUGUCAAUCUUUCCAACAAUAUCUAAUAUGCUUAAUGUAUGUUUCAUGUAUAAUUUGUGUAAAGAUUUUUAGUUAUAGUUUUGAUAAAAUAAAAUUAACCAAAACAUCA